GUGGGAGAUCUGGUUGGCAUGUCGCAGGGCAAGUUCAGUAAGGUCCUGCGGCGUGUCAGCCAAGCUUUCAUCAAAAGAGUCAAGCAAUUUAUAUCAAUGCCUUUGGAUGUUGGUACCCUGGAUGUGGUGAAGCGGCAAUUUCAGGAAGGUGGUAGUCGCUUCCCACACGUUAUUGGGGUUGUGGAUGGCACACAUGUAGCUAUUGUAGCACCAAGACAUAAUGAAGAAAUUUAUAGAAACAGGAAACUGUUUCAUUCUCUGAAUGUAAUGGUUGUUUGUGGGCCAUCCCUCCAGAUCCUGUCCCUGAAUGCUAAGCUUCCGGGGAACUCCCAUGAUGCACAUGUCAUUAGACAAUCAGGGAUAUGGCAGAGAUUAAGAUCGAUGGAAGGCCAAGACAUGUGGUUAUUGGUAGACCGUGGAUAUCCUUGCACCCCCUGGCUCAUGACUCCUUACAGUAAACCCAGGCCAGGACCACAGACGGCAUUUAACUCAGCGCUUACUGCCACUAGACAGCUGGUGGAGCGCACGACUGGUGUCCUUAAAGGGCGCUUUCAUGUGCUCCACUGCACUGGUGGCGACAUCAUGUAUUCGCCGGAGAUGUUAAGUAAAAUUGUGGUCCUGUGCGCUAUCCUACAUAACAUCGCUGUAAGGAGUCGCGUAGAGCUUCCUCAAACGGAGGAAUUGCCUGAUGAGGAGCCAGGGGUUGGCCGGACAAUCGGUGGGGGGAGUGUGUCCCGGCGGGGGAAUGAAAUAAGGGCAGGAAUUGUCCGUGAUUAUUUCAGCUGAUUGUUAUUGACAAAUGUGAUGGUGCAGUUGGAGAUCCCACAAGCCUGCCUGGCAUCCUUGCCAGCCUAAAGGCACAUUUGCAGGCCAUGCUGGCCGAUGUUGAUCGGCUGCAAAAAUUUUGUUAA